AUGAUGACAGGAAAGCGGCCUCUUAUUGACGUCAAUAUUUACACGGCGCUCCUUCGGCACAGCUUGAUGCCCCCGGACGCGUGGAACGAGACGGAAGCCAUCUUGCAGCGGUUGGAAGCCCUUCGGUACCUUGAACGAUGCGCCAACGGCGUCGAGAAGUACAACCCGGAGUCCAUGAGUGCCGUCAUGCCCGAUAAAUCAGUCGUUAUGGUGAUUGUCAAGCCGAGAGAAAGUAUCCCUGAUGCCCCGACGGAGCGUACCGCGCUCACGGGCGACUCUGGUGCGGCGACGCCAGACAAAUGCGACAACACGUCUGGACGACCGUGGACUCGAUCAGUUACCACACUGGUAUCACCCACAUCGCCUUCGAAAAAGCGUAAGGCUUCCCCGGAGCCAUCUCUUCAGUCGAAGUCAAGUCCUCCCAAGAGGAAGAAAGCGACUCCAAAGAGAAGAACAACUCCCAAGAAGCAGGCGACUCCCAAGAAAACAGUCGAACAGCCUGUGAUUGGGGGCAGUUCCACGAAGCACAACGGUGUAGCCCAGGCUCAAGACCAGGCCGAUUCUCCCACAAGCAGCCUCCGCCGCGCUCGCCGGAACCCAGUCGUCACGUCUGAGACCUUGGCCGGAGACAACCACUACAUUUUGCUCGCCAAAAUCUUCAAGGCGACCGAAGUUCUCGGCCAAGUUGCGCGCUACGAAGAUAAAUGCGUCCGUCGGGUCGCCCUCUCGUCCUUCAUUGCCGACCUCCACAAAGCUGGCUGGACCGACCUGGAGAAGUCGGCCGUGCAGCUCAUCAAGGACGAGGACUGCGCCUCCCGCGAGUUCCUCGCGAGCAUGAUCGUCAACAGCAGUUACGAACGGAUCAACGAGGCUCUCGACAAGGACGCCGCACCGACCAAGACCGCAUGCGACAGCAGACCUUCGCCAUGGCGUCGCGUACCGCGGAUUCUGUUCAAGAGCGGUUGA